UUGCAACCCUGGACCGGAUUCCGCUGAUCGUGAAGGAUGUGUGGGUGACAGAUCUCGCGAGAUUCCGUGGGACCCCUCCUGGCCGCGUCUGCUGCUACUGCUACUGCUUCCUGAACCGGGACCCGAACUGAGUCCCCGCCGCCCAGCGGAGAGCCUAACCGAGCCGGCGUCCCCCGGCCCAUCCAGUGGACAUUCGCCGCAGACACCCCGCUCACGCCCUCUCCCCGCCGCAAGGGCCGCGCAGCCUCGGGCUCUAGUGUUCGCUGCCACCGGGGGACCCUGCCUCCCUUUUCCGCGUCCGCAGAGCCGGAGACAGGCCGCGGCCGCGGUGCGCCCCAGGACAAUACCAGAGACGGUCUUUCUCUCUAAACAACAGCUGAAGACUCUGAAGGAAAGGAAAAGAGACAAACGUGGUGAUAUGCUGUUUAUUUAUUUUUUCCUGGCGUCUUCCUUCAAGUGAUCACUUUUCCGUACGUGUCUGAAGUUACCCGGGGGACUCGCACCUUGAAGAGGAGACUCGGGUGUUUUCAGCGUUUCAAAAGCUGCAAAACCCGAUUCUAACCUCCGCGCUUCGGGACGGGCAGAGGUGCCGGGGCCGCGAUAUUCAUCCUGUCGGAUGCAGACGUCGAUCCGUGUGCGGUAGUCGCGCUGCUGCUGCCCGUGUCCCAGCCCCGCCGGCAGACCGGUGGCCAUUAGCGACCCACCUUCCCGACCGGACCGGACCGCCCGCCCGCAGCUCUUGAGAAGGGGAUGUCGCUGUGAAGAACAGCAUCUCAGCUGUCAAAAAACACCCACUAUCGGGGCACUCGUGCAUUUCAGCUUUAAUUGUCCGAAAGAAAACCUUUCCCAAGCCGGCCUGUAGAGGCGGGUGGGGGCUGCAGUCGAGACGGGGCCGCCGAAAUCUCUCUCUAUGUUUUAAUCUGGGCUCCCGACUGGAGCUUGUGAUUCAGCGAACCAGCGCCGAGUCGGUUUUCCCGGUCCAGUGCGAGCUGUGCGGGCUGGGUCGCGCCUGAGGCCCGAGCGAGAUGGCUCCGAAGAAGAGGCCGAUGCCGCUGAACAUCACCCCCACGGGCGGGGAGGGCCAGCCCGGUCCCAACGCCGUGGACGCCGCGUCCGAGGCAAACCUGGAGGCCCUGCAGAAGAAGCUGGAGGAGCUGGACCUGGAUGAGCAGCAGAGGAAGAGGCUGGAGGCCUUCCUCACGCAGAAGGCCAAGGUGGGCGAGCUGAAGGACGACGACUUCCACCGCAUCUGCGAGCUGGGCGCCGGCAACGGCGGCGUGGUCAACAAGGUGUGCCACCGGCCCUCGGGGCUGGUCAUGGCCCGCAAGCUGAUCCACCUGGAGAUCAAGCCUGCCAUCAGGAACCAGAUCAUCCGGGAGCUGCAGGUGCUGCACGAGUGUAACUCCCCCUAUAUCGUGGGCUUCUACGGGGCCUUCUACAGCGACGGGGAGAUCAGCAUCUGCAUGGAGCACAUGGAUGGAGGGUCUUUGGAUCAGGUGCUGAAGGAAGCGAGGAGAAUCCCAGAAGAGAUCCUCGGAAAAGUGAGCAUAGCUGUCCUCAGGGGGCUGGCCUACCUCCGGGAGAAACACCAGAUCAUGCACAGAGACGUCAAGCCCUCCAACAUCCUGGUGAACUCGCGAGGGGAGAUCAAGCUGUGCGACUUCGGCGUGAGCGGCCAGCUCAUCGAUUCCAUGGCCAACUCCUUCGUGGGGACGCGCUCCUACAUGUCUCCGGAGCGCCUGCAGGGCACGCACUACUCUGUGCAGUCGGACGUCUGGAGCAUGGGCCUGUCCCUGGUGGAGCUGGCGAUCGGCCGCUACCCCAUCCCCCCGCCCGACGCCCGGGAGCUGGAGGUCAUUUUUGGGCGGCCUGUCCUCGACGGCGCGGAAGGCGAGAAGCACAGCACCUCCCCCCGCCCCCGACCCCCGGGGCGGCCCAUCAGUGGGCACGGGAUGGAGAGCCGCCCCCCCAUGGCCAUCUUCGAGCUGCUGGACUACAUCGUCAACGAGCCUCCGCCGAAACUGCCCUCCAGCGUCUUCACCUGCGACUUCCAGGACUUCGUCAAUAAAUGCCUCAUGAAGAACCCUUCGGAAAGAGCCGACCUGAAGAUGUUGAUGAACCACACGUUCAUCAAGCGCUCGGAGGUGGAGGAGGUGGACUUCGCGGGCUGGCUGUGUAAAACCAUGGGCCUGAACCAGCCCAGCACCCCGACGCGCACAGCGGUCUGAGGCACCGGCGCCCCCCCGGUGUCCGUCUGUAUGUCUGUCUGUACGAGUCGAGCAUCUGCCACUCGCCACCUCCCCCAGCCCCCGCAACAACACACACCACGCCUCUCCCCCCCCCCCGAUCCCGACCCUAAACUCCUGCUCCUUGGCAGCUGUGUGUCGCCUGUCGGCCUCCUCGGAUGUCGGGAGGAUUCAAGGUGGGAGGGGAGUGUGAUGGUCUGCAAAGCAAAAGAUAUCACAAAGGAAUAUUUAUUAGCUGUUUUUAGGGAUAUCGAGAUAGACCCUGCGUAUGUAUAUUUAUUAUGAAAUAAAAUAGACAUUUGAAACUUUUUUUUUAGUAGCCCGAUCUGUCCCCACCCAAUCCGAGAACGCCCGAGUGCCACACCUCGGCCGCCACUGGGCAGACAGCACUGUUACUCGCCGAGCGCCCCGAGCACAGCCUGCCCUUCUGUGAUCUGUGAUCGGCUCCCCAGCCUGGAGCGUCAUGACUAUGGCGUUGCUGCUGGAGGGGGCGGGGCUAGGCCAGCUUGAGGGCAUGUACACUCCCUCCCACACUUCCCGUCACCCCUGCCGUUUGGAGAUAUUUUAGACCUGUUAUAGCCAAUUUCUUUUUAUUUAGCGAUAAACAUGCACCUGUUUUGUCUCUCCAGUGCUGGCUUGGGUAUUAAAAAUGAUAUAGUACGUUUUUUAAAACUCCUGCCAUUUUUUUGUCACUUUUAUUUGAUGUCGAAGGUUUUUCUUUUAAAUGCUUAUCUCUUGUGCUCAGUCGGGGAAAAAAGUUACAGGAGGGUCCUAUAGUGAAGUUACCACACUGACCCCUUAGGGUCCAGACAGCGCUGUAGAUACAGGAUGUAAACCGCAGCCCUUCGCCGAGGCGAGCAGUGCUUCACUGGAAUAGCAGACCUGUGUGUUUUUACUUUUCGAAAUGAGUUACUGGUACAGGUCUGGAUCCGUCUGGAACUGGGCUCCCGGUCGUGUUUGCUGGUGCAGUGUGAGCAGUCUCUGCAGAGGCUGGAAGAGCACUGGGGGUGUGUCUGUCGACAGGGUUUCUAAGACUCCAGCGGGGGGGGAGGGGCGUCUCCGUGUUUAUGUUUGUAAAUCAAUUGGAAGAGACAGGUUUCCAUGGGCAGACGGGGACACCGGCAGGGUGUGAAAUAUUUCAACUGCUGGUUCCCGUUGUAUUAUUCACAGUACUGAACCAAAACUGGUAUUACCCCAAACCUUGCAGAAACCACAUUCUGCUGCACUGAAGGCCAUGUUGAAGAGACGCUCGCUUGUUAUUUUUCUCAUCAGUGUGGUGGUGUCUGUGACAGGGGUUAGGGUCUCGCGGUCUCGCGUUCUCGCCACCCUCGGCCGCCUCCAGCAGUACUGAAGCCGUUACUUCAGUGGUUAUGAAAUUUAAGUAUGUGAGGCUGUGGGACUCCUUAUUACCCACUCUGAUGUGUUUAUUUGCAGCUGGUAUCGGCAGUUAAGAUGGGUAAAUGUGACCGUCUGCCUGCACAGUGGCAGUAGUGUUUGGUCACGAACGGGGGUGCAUGCACUCAGACUGCGUCUCAUCUCGGGAGCGGGUGAGAGUCCCCUUGUGCGGCAGCGAGGUCCAUUACGGGUUCUGCCCGCUGCAGGCGUGUAAGCAGAUGCUGGAUAUUUGCAGCUUUGUUGUCUUUGUUUCAGUUGCAUUUGCACGGGCGUGAUGUUGGAAUGCUGUUAAAUGCUGCUUUUCUGCUUCGUCGUUACAACGGCGAGAGUCCGCAGCCCUCAGGACCCGCGGUGGGGCGCAGCGCCUCCUAGUGGGCUCCGGCUGCUUAGCCAGCCUACAUAGACAGAGGGAGCCCCGCCCGCCGUGCCUCCUAGCGGUCUGCCCCCAUUGCUUUCCGAGACCAGCGCGACUAAAAACCCUGUACAGUGUCAUUGGAAAGGCCCAGUUAGAUCACGUCUAAUGCUGUCCCAGACCUCUCUUGUGGAUAAUUCGGGAGGCUCCACGCAGAGAUCGCGGCCCCUGAGGUCAGGUUUUGGUUAAUCAGUCACCCCUCCUCAACUGCCUCCGGUUCCACAGGUGCUCUCGCUGUGCAGCAGUGAUCCAGGCUGGAUCUUGGCAGCACCGUUUAAACACGCAAACAUAUCCACCGGCUGCACACGCUGCAUAAUCUUUCAGACAAGCGGAAAAAGAAGCACAGUCCUUUGAGCAGACAGAGAAGCAGUUCUCUGCCAUACCCCCCCCCUCCCCCGAAAAUAAAAUAAAACAUCUGAUCGCUAAUCAUGCUGGAGUUUCUCCUUCUGCGUUGUCAGCUCAUGGCACAUCCUUCACAAAUCUUCUGUGUAAAACCGUGCAUCACUGCACAGUGGUUAUCGAUACACUUAUGGGUUCAUUAUUUUUUUUAUCUCUGUGUAUUCUGGCUGAGUAAAUCGUGUGGACUGAAUGUAUAUUUAAGUGUUCUGAAAGCAAGUCGGCUCGUGAGCUGGACACGGGGCUGUGCAAGGUCAGGCUGUGGCCCCUGCCAGGCUCUCUGAAGACCACGUUCGGGAGGAGUGUCUCACAGACUGGACAGCGAUGCUGUUCUGGGGAUGAAGUGCAUUUAGGUGACAGUUUUGUAAUUGGGAUUUCUUGUUUCUUGCCUCUUUUUUUUUUUUAAGAAAACAAACCAACAAAAAAAAUCUCUCUUCUCUCUCUCUGUGCUUGGAAAUUUGAGAAAAGGCUAAAAUUGUUUGUACUGAGCAUUCUGUUGAUGCUAAAGGUCCUUUUUUUUUUUUUUGGAAAAAAGACUCGAUUAAUAAAUGGCACUUUACAUCGUGA